AUGGCUUUUCACCCCAAUAACCUCCCCGAUCUCACCGGAAGAGUGUACAUUGUCACAGGUGGCAACUCUGGAAUGGGACUCUACACGGUUGCCCAUCUAGCAAGACACGGCGCCCACGUCUACAUGUGUUCACGAUCUAUCGAUAGAGGAAAAAAAGCCAUUUCUGAGAUCCAAAAAGACCAUCCUUCAACCAAGAUUGACCUAUUGCAAAUCGACCUGAUGGAUCUCGCAAGUGUCGUCGCAGCCGCCAAGCACUUCCUUUCGCUCGAAACAUCCCUCCACGGCCUUAUCAACAAUGCUGGUAUCAUGGCUACACCAUUUGAGAUUACCAAAGAUGGACAUGAAGCUCAGUGGGAAACCAAUUAUCUUUCCCACUGGGUCUUCACCGAACACCUCAUUCCAGUGAUGCUGAAAACAUCAAAGUCAUCACCCCCCGGAACCGUGCGCAUCGUCAACCUCUCUUCAUCCGGCCAUCUAAUGUCCCCCAAGGGCGGCAUAAACUUUGAAGACACAUCGCUCAAAGAGGCGAGUGUCUGGGAGCGCUACGGUCAAAGCAAACUCGGCAACAUUCUCCACGCGAAAGCCCUCCACAACAAGUACGGUCCUAGCUCAGGUAACGAAGAAGGCGAGAUUUGGACAACGUCAGUGCAUCCCGGCCUUGUAGAAACAAAUCUUUCUUCGAGCGUUCAACAUUCGACUGGGAGCUUGCCGCUGCUGUCAUUGCUGAGAUGUAUGAAACUGAUGUGGACUGCGGAUCGGGGAUCGUGGAAUAGUCUUUUCUGCGCGGCCAGUCCAGACAUGAAACCAGAGCAGAGUGGAGAGUAUAUGGAGAUCUAUCAUCGGUUGUUUGAGCCUUGGUGGCAGAGUAGCGCGGCGAAGGAUGAGGAGUUGGCGAAGAAGUUGGAUGAAUGGACGAAAGAGACUAUGAAAAAGGAAGGGUGGAUUCAUUAG